GUGGCAUAUUGGCUAAUUGCCAGUUGCCACCAACCACCACCAACCAGCAUGUCGCGCUGGAGUACAAGACGCGAAUUGUCAGAUACGAGUGUUUGUUAAAUGUCAACGUUCUCGCACGUAGAAUUCGCGUACAGAGAACGCUUGAUUUAUCAAUGGCAGCGAUCGAUAAAGUUAAAAUCAUCGUAGUGGGCGACUCAGGUGUCGGUAAAACAUCGCUGACACACCUAAUAUGUCAGCAGCUACCUAUCGGCAAUCCUUCCUGGACGAUAGGUUGCUCAGUGGAAGUCAAGCUGCACGAAUACAAAGAAGGCACGCCAAAUCAGAGAAGAUACUUUGUCGAGCUAUGGGACGUUGGUGGCAGCCAGAGUCAUAAAAACACAAGAUCUGUGUUCUACAAUCCCACAAACGGCAUAAUAUUAGUCCACGACUUAACAAAUCGUAAAUCACAGCAGAAUCUGCAGAAGUGGCUGGAAGAGGUUUUAAGUAAGGAUGGAACUUUUUCUAAGUCCAAGUCGUUCGAUGACUUUGAUCCUGAGAAGUUUGUGGGCUCAACGCAGAUUCCAAUUUUGGUCAUUGGCACGAAGCUCGAUCUGAUCUCGGAAUCCAAUUUCGUUAAGUCCAAUAGACGUUCCGCGACUAUUGCGGAGGAGUGUGGUGCAGAUGAAAUAUUUUUGGAUUGCCGUCAGAUAAGAUCUUUAGCGGCAGGCUCCAGUUCGUCCGUGAAGCUCAGUAGAUUUUUCGAUAAGGUUAUCGAAAGACGUUACUAUUCCUCCAGAGAAGCGCUCAGUCCCGACAAGCGAAGACCACCAAUGUAUACUUCCUCACUCUAUCCAAAGUUUUAUCAUAACGACUGAGUAUGCCGAGAGUACUGUAUCAGAAGAUCUCGAGGAAGAUCUUAUUUCAUAUUGCACAAGAUGAUCAAUCUUUGUGACGCGAAGCGUCACAUAGGAUUGGGCGGCGUUAAGUAAUGCAAGGCCAUCGAUCUCGCAUUUUUUAUCCACAUUCUUAAUCUUCUCACAGAAAUAUUUUGUCAGAUAUACUCGAAAGAGAGUGGAAAAGACAACUGUGCGAACGCAACGUAAAUAAUAAAUAUUGCAUCUGAUAUUUUUCAUGUGUAUCUAUACUGUAAAGACACCACAUUGUAUAUAAAAUACUUAUUUUAUAAUAUAAUGCAAUACAAAAUAUCCAUUCAUUAGGCUUGUUUUCUAUUCCUGCACUAGACUGCACUGGAACGUUCCUUCUUGCUUUCGCUAACUUUGAAACAUCUAUCUAUUUCAUUUUAAGUGUACACUUAUUUAGAGAGUUCAGGAACAGAAAACAAACGGAUUAUCUCGCUAUUACAUUACAUUAGCAAAAUCCAUGUAAUCAUUAUGUGAAAAAAUAUACGUUAUAUCUUUUUGUUAAA